AUGGAUGUCGAGGCAUUGCAUUGCAACAUCUGUCUCAAACAUCCCAGAUUCAGCGAUGUAUCUCAUUUAUUAACCCAUGUCUCAUCGAAAGCUCACCUCUCACAUUAUUUCAAGCUUCAAGUGCGCAGUCAUCAGGAGGUCCAAGCUAGAGCUCUACUAGAAGAAUAUGAUCGAUGGUAUAAGGCCAAUGGCUUGGCCAAGCUGCUUGCUGACCGCAUGGCAUCCAAAGAGGCUCGCAAAAGGAAGUCCCAAGGGAAGUCCCUUGCACAUGUUACCUCGCUGACAGCUGCACGCAAGAAUGAGCCUCGAGUUACACCAGCAAUUACCCAUCAUUCAUCUCAUAACCCUCUUCCUGAUUUCCUUGACCCACGCCUUGCUGACCCUUUUGUCAAUGGGAACAACGCCGAGGGUAACGGGGAUAUAUGUCUUCCAGCUGAUUACGACCUGCCACCUGCAUGUCCACGGCCUGCUGUUGAGCUUCCCGUCCAGACGGAAUAUACACUACGUUCAAGCGUCUCUUACGCAGAUCCUCCCCCGGGCCAAUACAAACGUAGGCCUGACAUCGACUCCGAAGAAGACAGUGCCUCUGGUUCCCCAGACACACCGAGCGGGCCGGGGAAGCCAGGAAGCAGAACAGCAAUGUCCUUUCAACCCUCAAGCGUCAGCUCCAUCCGUGACCCCUUCGUGGACGACAAUGGAAGUCUUGAUUACUUGAAAAUGCUCGGAGGUGACAGGGAAAGGUCGGACGAGAUGACUAGGCUGAAGGGAGUUUUGUGGCCGGGGAUGGACAUAUUUGACUCGGCUACUGAGCAAAUGAGGCGGAAACGGAACCAAAAGAAGGACGAGAGCAUCCUUAAGACAAUGGAAAAGACGUCUAUGUGUGUCGAGCCCACGGAGCUGGUCUUUUCGCCCACAGGCAUUCUACGGAAACAACGGGUCAUCUCUGGUAAUGUGGAAGAUAGCAGUCCCCUCAAAGGGGAAACCCCGAUUCCCAAACGACGAGCAAAUCGCCCCAAGCGUGCGCUCUCCCAAGUUGAUUCCAACAUACCCCGGGGACAGGAUAGGAAGCGAAGCAAGAAAUCCAUCAAGUCGGCAGGAAAGACACGGUUUGGCAGUCUAGAUCAACGAUAUCAGCCUCCGGCCCCAGGCAUUCCCGAACAUGGGUUGCCGUAUGGUUAUGGUGCCAGUCUUUACACUUCUUUCCGAGAUGAGAUAGAUGACUUCACUCUCUCAAUGAGGGGACUUGAACCUGCCUCUCGCAGUCGGUUCACAGUCUUCCACGACGAAUCAAGUCAGCAUAAACCGAUCUCCAAUGAUCAUUAUUCGACGCAAGAACCGCAAUUGGGACCAUCGAGCCCUUCUCGACGACCUUUUCUUCGCCGUGGGGGAGCAUUCGGAAGAGACUUCAACCGACCAUCUUCGAGCAACCCUACUUUAUUUCGGUUGGGAAAGGAUGCUCGUACCUCAGCUACUGAGAAAGAGAAUAUGGAGCAUCUGCUCGAUGCUACCACCCGACUUGAACCGCUUCUCCACUGGCAUUCUCCAAUGAUAGAGCCGCGACAGUGUCUCCUUGUAGAUGCUCAACGAAGCGGACGGAGCCCUUUCGAAGAUCAUGAGAUGUAUGCGGGAUAUUCGUUCAAUCCCCUGGCCAUUGCAACCGCGAAGUUUCCCAAUGAGAAUCCGAUUUUCCAUGGCGAUACCCAACACGAUUACAACCUCCAUUCCUUGACACGCGCUCCAUCGCCGGAGGCGACUAUAUCAGACGUCGACGAAGACGACUUUGAGCGACUCUAUCUCGACACAACCUCUUUUUAG